CGUACUCUCCCAAGUCCCGACUCCAAAGCAAAGAAUCCAAAAGUGACUUCUUCAAAACCGGCACACCAGCGCAGCACCCUUGCAUCAAUAUGCACAACAGCACUCCAAAACACAUCACUACUCUUACUCAUGGGAAAUUUUGCUCUCAAUUUUGCAUCGUCUAGAAGAUGCAUUUUGCUCCUUCUCGUCUCAAUCUUCGUUCAAGGAGGGGAAGGAUCUAUAGGAGUGAACUAUGGCACGAUGGCGAGUGACCUUCCUCCGCCGGCCAAAGUCGCCCACUUCCUUCUGGAAUCCACCAUUAUCAACCGUGUUAGGCUCUUUGACACCAACCCCGACAUACUCCGAGCCUUUGCUCACACCGGCAUCGCCGUCACAAUUACCAUCCCAAAUGACCAAAUCCCCCACCUCACCAAGAUACGCUCCGCCCAACAGUGGCUUAAAACCAACGUCCAGCCUCAUAUCCCAGCCACCAACAUUGUCCGAAUUUUAGUAGGCAACGAAGUAUUAUCCACCACGAACAAGUUGUUCAUUACUGGCCUUGUCCCUGCCAUGCAAGCCCUCCACAAUGCCCUAGUAGAUGCGUCCUGGGACCGCCAAAUUAAGGUCUCUACCCCACACUCUCUAGGCAUUCUCUCCAGCUCAACCCCACCUUCCUCCGGCAAAUUUAGACAAGGCUACGACAUCCAUGUCCUUAAACCUUUGCUCACUUUCUUGCAAUCCACCAAUUCUCCUUUCAUGGUGAACCCGUAUCCGUAUUUCGGAUACUCCCCCGAAACGCUUGAUUUCGCGCUUUUCCGGCCAAAUCCCGGUGUGCUUGAUGGGAAUACUAAAAUGCUAUACACCAACAUGUUGGAUGCACAAUUAGAUGCUGUUUUUUCAGCUAUGAAACUUGUGGGCUUUGAGGACCUUGAGAUUGUUAUUGCCGAAACAGGUUGGCCCUCUCAGGGUGAUCCGGCCCAAGUUGGGGUUGACGCACAGAGUGCUGAGGAUUACAAUCGAAAUCUCAUUCAACACGUGACAUCAGGUUAUGGCACCCCGUUAAUGCCAAACCGAACUUUUGAGACUUUCGUAUUUUCCUUGUUCAAUGAAAAUCUCAAGCCCGGCCCAACACCAGAGAGGAAUUUUGGGCUUUUUCGACCCGACAUGACGCCGACCUACAACGUCGGAGUCCUUCGGCACACGGCUAGUUCGACUACACCUAAGAACUCAGGCCCAGGCCCAGUCCCAGUGUUGGCACCGGCGAGCCCGCCGCAAUCACGCGGCGGUAAAUUAUGGUGCUUGCCCAAGAAAGGGGCCGACCCGGAGGCACUGCAGAAGAAUAUUGAUUAUGUUUGUGGGCUGGGAUUGAAUUGUGGGCCAAUCAAACAAGGUGGGCUGUGCUUUAUGCCCAACACAGUUAGAGCCCAUGCCGCGUAUGCCAUGAAUGUCUACUUUCAAGCAAUGGGAAGGAAGGAUUCUGAUUGUGAUUUUGAACAGACUGGCGCCACCACUGCCGUCGAUCCAAGCUAUGGAAAGUGCAAGUAUUGAUGAUGAAGAAUGUUGCAAUGGAGGAGAAGACCCAUAGAUUAUAAACUGUUACCAAUCCUUUCUUUUUUGACAUAAAAAGAUAUUAGUGAUUAUUUAGACCCAAAAAAAAAAAAAAUUCGUGAAUUCCUAAGGUAGCAUCUACAAUGUGUAAUAUUAAGUGAAUUAUACGAAUGUUAUCUGAAUUUUCAUGCUUUGUU